AUAUAAUGCCGAUCUUGACAGUCUAGUUGAUCGAGACACAAAUCGUAUUUAACACCGCCUCGCUUUGAUAUCGCCCUUUUAUACGUGACGGCCAACAUGUCUCAUCGUAAAUUUUCAGCCCCACGUCAUGGGUCGAAAGGUUUUUUGCCGAAAAAGAGAAGCAGAAGACAUCGUGGCCGAAUCCAUGCUUUUCCUAAAGAUGAUCCCAAGAAGCCAGUUCAUAUGACUGCAUUUAUUGGCUACAAAGCAGGAAUGACCCAUAUUGUGAGAGAUGUGGACAGACCCGGAUCUAAAUUGAACAAGAAAGAAGUCGUAGAAGGCGUGUCAAUUAUUGAAACCCCACCAAUGAUGGUUGUUGGGGUCACAGGAUACAUAGAAACGCCAGAAGGUCUUAAAACAUUCAAAACUUUAUGGGCAGAACAUUUAAGUGAAGAAUGUAAAAGACGAUUUUACAAAAAUUGGUCAAGAUCUAAGAAGAAGGCCUUCACCAAGAAUGCCAAGAAAUGGCAAGAUGAAGCUGGAAAGAAACUGAUUGAAAGCGACUUCAAUAAGAUGAAGAAAUACUGCAAAGUAAUCCGUGUUAUUGCUCACACCCAGACAAAGAUGUUAAGACACGUUCAGAAGAAGGCUCAUAUUGUUGAAAUACAACUGAAUGGUGGAUCUAUAUCGGAUAAAGUAGACUGGGCUAAACAACAAAUGGAGAAACCAGUGCCUGUUAACCAAGUAUUUGAACAAGAUGAAGUUCUUGAUAUUAUUGGUGUAACUAAAGGAAAGGGUUUCAAGGGUGUUACUGCCAGAUGGCACACAAAGAAACUGCCUCGUAAAACUCACAAGGGUUUACGUAAAGUUGCAUGUAUUGGUGCUUGGCAUCCUAGUAGAGUACAGUUUACAGUUGCAAGAGCUGGUCAAAAAGGUUAUCAUCAUCGUACAGAGUUGAACAAGAAAAUUUAUCGUAUUGGCCAGGGUAUUCAUACUAAAGAUGGAAAAGUUGUCAAGAAUAAUGCUUCAACUGAAUUUGAUCCAGUUGUCAAGGCCAUUACACCAAUGGGAGGAUUCCAUCAUUAUGGUGAAGUCAACAAUGAUUUCCUUAUGAUUAAAGGAGCUGUUGUUGGUACUAGAAAAAGAGUUAUUACCCUACGAAAAUCCUUAUUAACAGCAUUCAGAAGGAAGCAUACAGAAAAGAUUGUUCUCAAGAUGAUUGAUACAACUAGUAAACUUGGACAUGGUCGCUUCCAAACUCACGAAGAAAAGAAAGCUUUUAUGGGUCCACUUAAGAAAGACAGAUUGGCCAAAGAAGCUGCUGCCUAAAUAUUUGGAAUAUCAAAUAAAAUAAAAUUCCAAAGGUUGA